AUGGUACUUAUUGUUAUAGAUUGUAGCCAUCUGCUUAAACUAUGAAAUUGAGAAGCAAUAAUUAUAAAGAAAACAUUCAUAAAUAAGGAAAAGUUCCAAAAUCAUUACUUGUAAUAUAAAUUGUAUGAUAAUAUGAAUAGAAAAAAGAAGAAAAUUUACCAGUGGGUCCAAUAUUAUUAGGAGUAUUCUUGUUUGUAGUUGUUGGAUCAGGUAUAUAUAUUAUUUAUUAUAUGAAAGCCUUGUUUUAAAUACUCAAUGUAGCUUCAAGUGGAUAAGAUGUUUGA